ACAAAGAUAUUCCAUUCGUGACUAUCUGGGUCGAAUACUCAGAUAUCCCCAUCGCUAUGAAGGCCAUCGAUAGCUCGGACGUCUAUACCGUCCCUGUCCUCAGCGACCCCAACACCGGUGCCCUCAUCACGGACUCCCUCGAAAUCGCCUCCUACCUCGAAAAGACAUAUCCCGAGAAGCCUAUCUUCCCAAAUAACUCAGAACCCCUGAUACGCGCGUUCGACUCUGCCUAUAUGAGCCUUAUUCUAUCUGGAAUUAAGCUCUCAUCUCGUUCGGUAGACGUCCCGUUGCCCUGGGAUCCGAACUGUGAUGCAGAAUGGAAGCUACUAGAGAAGGGGUACAAUACUGCAUACGAGUGGUACCAGAAGACUGUCGGGAAGUGGAUCAUGGGCAACACCUUUUCAUAUGCAGACAUCGUUGUUGCUUGUUGGUUGGUUGCAUACAAACGAGUGCUGAAGGAUGAUGAGUGGGCCAGGAUCAUCCUGGCAGAUGUCGAGAAGGAGUAUAAUUUGGCUUAGGAGAAGACUUGCACGUAUAAGAUCAAUCACUUCAGGGGCAUGGAAAUGAUAGUGAAUGCUUCACAAAUCGCC